AUGGAUGUUGAUGAGCUCUCCAUCCUCACCUCUCCGAAGAAGUACGCUGUGUUCAUUAGCUUUAGAGGCGAAGAUACUCGCAAAAGUUUUACUAGUCAUCUGCUUAAAGCACUCAUCAACAACAGAAUUGAAACCUAUGUUGACGAAAAACUUGAUCGAGGAAAGAAGAUCUCCAAAGAGCUUCUUAAUGCCAUCGACAACUCUAAAAUUUCUGUAGUCGUUUUCUCUGAAAAUUAUGCAUCUUCUUCUUGGUGUUUGGACGAACUGGUGCAUAUUAUCCAAUGUAUGAAGAAGGAAACACAGAUGGUUUUGCCUGUGUUUUACCACGUUGAUCCAAGUGACGUACGUUCACAAAAAAGAAGUUAUGCUGUUGCUUUUGAAAAACUUACUAAAGAAAGUUACAAUGAUGCUACCAUACAAAAAUGGAAGGAUGCUUUAACAGAAGCUGCUAACCUUUCUGGAUGUCUGAUUCGAAACUUUUGGAAUAAUGAUAACUUUGGUUAUUGGUCAUUGUUCUAA